AUGGAACUAAAUGCAAAUCAAAAUACAUUUGGUAUUAUCCCUUACUAGCAAUAACAAUCAAGCAAUAAAGGAUUGAUGUAAAUAUAAUCUCCAAAUAAAAAUUAGCAGCGUAGCCCUCUAAAAAGUAAUCCAACUUUCCAAAAAGAAAUGCUCAUAUAAAAAUGUGAAGAUGCAAAUCCAAACCUAUUUAAAAAAUAUCCUCAUAUAUAUCAUAAUGUGAUGGAAAUUAUUGAUCAAUUCUCAAAGGAAGGAAAGAUAAAUGAAAAUAGCAUAGAUUUUCUUUAAUAAAAAGUGCAAAAAGAAAUAUAAUUUCAACUCAACAAGCUUAGGACAAGCAAUAAAAUAGGUUUAAUUGAAAAUCUAUUCUAUAACAAUCCUACUCUUUAGCAGCAAAGUAGGUAUAUCCACAAUAGCUUUAUAAACUCACCCAUGCAAAACAAUAUUCAAUAAAAACUUAAUGAAAAUUCAGUUAAUGGUGAUUAAAAAUUAAAAAUGCAAUAAAAUAAAGCAGCUAAUUCAAAUGGCGACUUAAACUCAGUAAAAAUAUAAAAUAUUCAUGGAAGUAAUUAAAGAAGUGAAUCAACAAAUAGAAGAAACUCACCUGUUAUUAAGCCUUUAAAUUUAGGAAUAAUUAGCAACUAGUUGAGUCAAGCUGAGACACCAUAAAAUGCUCAAAAUUUAUCUUCCAAUAAGGCUAAUAUAUAUAGUGGCUUAUCUAGAAACAAAUAAAUCCCAUAUUACGGGAAAGCUGCUAGAUCGUCAAGCUAUAUGGGCGAUGUUGCUAAAAAGAAUUUAAUUUUGGAUUAAAUUUUGAAAAAGAAAGAUAGCACUGAUGCUAGUACAAUAUAAGAAAAUGAUAGAAAAUACAGUUAAGUUCAUAGAAGAUUGAAUACAUAAGAAUUUAAUAAUAAUGAUUGUUCAAGUGCAAACAAAAUUUAAAAUUAGAACUCUUAAAAUCAUAAGAACGGCUAUUCUAAUUUUAGAGAAGAAAAUCAAAUUACAGCAUAAUUUGACAUACAACCUUAAUCCAAUAAGAUUAGUUAGCAUCAGCAAAAUAUAAAUUAGCCAAAAAGCUUUGGAACUAUAGCUUAAAAUAAUAUUCUAAAUACUACAGCAGUAAAUCACUAAGAUUUAGAAAAAAAUAGGAACAACAAAUAAAACUUAAACAAGAGUAAUAUUGAUGAGUAAUAUUAAUAAGAGAUAAAGAAACUCAUCGAACUAGAAUAAGAAUAUGAAAAAUAAAGAAUAUAGAAUAUAAAAGACAAAGAAAAAAUAGUCUAUAAUACUAUUAAGUAGCAAUGGGAUAAAUAAAUAGAUUGGAAAAAAUCAGAAAUAUUAAAAGAAAGAGAAAAAGAUAAAGAAUAUAAAAAAAAAAUUGAAAUACUUGUUUAGGAAGAAAUUAAUCUUAAUAAUCUUAAGAGUAGCGAGAAAAAAUGGCAGGCUGUAUAAGAUAAGUAGUAAGUUCUUUAGUAAAUAUAAUAACAGAGAGAACAAAAAGAAAGAGAAAGAAGCAAGGAAAAAGAAAAGGAGAGAAAAUAUAUUUUUGAGAAUGAGCUUACAAUGAAAAAUGAACAAGAAUAACAAAGGAUAAUAGAAUUAAAUAAGAAAUAGUAACAAAAUAUUAUGAUUUAAAAUCAUAUCCAAUUAUCAAAGAAUAUGAAAGACAACCAAGAAAAAUAGACACGUCUAGAGGAAAUAAAAAGAAUCAGAGAUCAAAUUGCAUAACAGCAUAUAAUAGAUCAAAGGAAAGAUGAAGAAUAUGUUCAUCGUAUUGGGAAAAUAUCCAAACGUCUUUUUUGA